AUGCGGCCCUUGGGCGGGGUGUCGGCGUGCCACGUCUCGUGCGGGUUGCAGAAGGCACCGACGGAUCUCGCCCACAUUUUCUUCAAUGGGCGAUGCCUAUGCUCGUACAGAUUGUGCAACUCCACAUACGGCGCCGAUGACGAAGGGGAGAGAGCUGGGCUAUGGCUCUGCAGCGAGCUCUGCUGCGCCCCGACCGCGGCGCAUGUCGGAGUUUUCUUCGUCAUUGGAAUAGCCGUCCUCAUCGUCACCAUUAUACUUGCGAUAUACUGCAUCUGUCAGAGGAGGCUCUCGUAUGUUGCGGACGAGGCCGACGAUGUGGAGGCGGAUGACGUGUUCGCCGAGCCCCUGCCCCCGAUGGGGCGAAGAGAAAGUGGGUUGCCUGCAGGGACUUGGUCGUGCGGCGGCGUAAGCAGUAGUUAUGGUAACAUGGGCGGCUCACACUUUGGCCGUGGGAAGAUGAAGAGCAUGUCCAAGGAGGCACAAUCAGACACAGUCCAAGUUGAGUCAUCGCCGGUGCAAAAGAAAGUGGAGAGUCCAACCGCUGCUCUUGUGGGGACCACGAGCGACACAAGAGACAUGCGGCAAGCGACAGCAAGUGUAAACAUGGCGGGCCACCAGACUGCCUCGCCACAGAGUCCUCCUCAGGGAGUGCGUGUAGAAUUUGACGAUCCUGUGUGGUCACCAAACGAUUGUUGA